AUGUCCAAAACCAGUGAGGUGAAGGUAACCGAAGUCCGGCUGGAGGACCCGCUGCCCAGUGUCGUCGACGCCUCCCGGUUUUCUUCAGGGACGUCAACCGAGCAACGGGCGUUCGCUAUCGAACUGGCUGAAUCCGUUCGCCGCUGCGGGUUUGUGAAGGUCAUCAAACAUGGUCUGUCCGACGAGCUCAUCGACGAGCUCUUUGCGUGGAACGAGCGCUUUUUUGCAAUCAAGCCUGAGCAAAAGCUGGCCGUCGCCAACCCGCCUGGACCAGCGCCGCAGCGUGGAUGGAGUUGUGUGGGCGCCGAGAAAACCUCGCGCCUCUUCAGCAGAGGGCAGGCCUCUAUUGAUCUGACUGACGCGCGGAAGAUUCAGGAACACUUUGAUGCCGGUUCCCCCAGUGACACCAAAUGGCCCUCGCGUUGGCCAAGUGAGGCGGUGAUCCCAGGCUUUAAGGCUUUCAUGGAAGAAUUCUACGUCCGAUCUCAUCAAGCUGCGCUACUCAUCCUACAAGCUCUUGAGAUGGGACUGGAUCUUCCUGCAGGAGUAUUAAAAUCUCGCUGCGGCGGAUUCGCGAGUGAACUUCGCCUGAACAGCUACCCCGAGAUCGAUAUCCAGGAGCUACGCCGCGGCAAGAUCAGUCGCAUCCAUCCGCAUGCCGAUCUGGGUGUCAUUACCUGCCUUUUCCAAGAUGGACUUGGAGGUCUGGAGCUAGAAGAUCGAUCUCAUUCCGGCUCGUUCUUGCCUGUCAAGCCAGGUGCUCGUUCGGAAAUGGUGGUCAACAUCAGCGAGACCUUUCAGCUAUGGACAAAUGAUGUCAUUACCGCGGGUAUCCAUCAGGUCACGGUUCCGCCAAAGAUGAAGACCCGCACUGAAGGUCGGAUCCCCGCUCGGCGUUCUUGCGCAUUCUUUCUCAAAGCUGACGGAGAUGCGUCUGUCGCGCCUUUACCUCAAUUCGUAACGAAGGAGCGACCAGCUGCCUACUCAGAGAUGAGCGCAUUGGAAUAUCAUCAAAAGCGUUUAGCCACCGCAUAUUAG